CAGAAGUUCCACCUCGGUAUUCAUUCUCCACUUCUCUGUCGUUCGAAAUUGAUUGAAAGAUAUUAAGCUCAGAUCUCUGAAUCUUUUUGAAGUUUUUAUUUUGAGUUAUCCUUAAAAACUGUAUGCGAUGAAUGAGACACUAGCCCGAGUGAGUUCUCCUCUUCCAGCGAGCAAAUACAAUCGCUCGUACAGCCAUUCUCCCUCAGAAAAACUGUUCUUAAAAUCCGAUUGUUUCGGUUUGGGUAAUUUCAUCCAAGCAUACGACUUGGAGCCUGAAGUUGGAGACCUGAUCCAAAUUGAUCGUGUUCUGUAUACGGAUUGGGCCUUGUAUGUGGGAAAUGGUAACGUCGUUCAUGUGUCUGGUGUUGACAAAGAUAAUAAUGAAAUACCGUCAAAUGCCGCAGUUGUACGGUUGUCCUGUCUGAGUGAUGUUGCUGGCCUUAGUGGCGUUCGAGUCAAUAAUAAAAUUGUGGGGGCUAAAGAACGAUGCCUGGAAUCAUUACCUAUUGAUGAAAUAUUGCAGAACUGUUAUUCCAAUUUGGACAAAGAAGUAGAUUUUAAUAUGCUCACAAGGAAUAGUGAACAUUACGUCACCGAGUGGAAAUAUGGCUUCGGCUGGAGUGAUCAGGCAGCUGUUACUAUGAGCGUGAUGAAAACACUAACUGCUGACUGUAAUGUUGGUCACAACAUGCUGGUGUCCGGUUUAAAUGCUGUUCUAAAUUCACCAGGGUCUCCAUCAGGUAGAUCAACACCCAGGUUUUCAUCCAGUCCUGUAAAUGAAGAAAAACACUGAAUGUCAUCAUAAUGUGUUAUUCUUGUAAAUAACUAUCGCCAGUAGUCAUACUUUCAUUUUUCCAUUGUAAAGGGUGCCAUAAAAAGCAUUUAGUACCCAAUUGUGAUAUUUAUUUUAUAAUCAUAAUUUAAGAUACAAGGACUGUCUCUCAAAUUUUUAAUUCUAUUUUUUUCUCUUUCUGAUCUCU